AUGCUUUAUUUGGCCUGGUUAUUUCUUUGGCUUGUCACAGGAGAGAGGAUGGAACGAUUUAAUAGUUCAGAGUGUUACACCAAAAAUCUCCUUUGGAUUCCUUCGAAGAGUGAAGAGGAGGAGUUUAUCUUAUUUUGUGAUUUGCCAGAGCUACAGAAAUCACAUUUCUGUCCCGAAAGGCAAUGCUUACCAGCACAAACCUCUGAACACCUGCCCUGUGGGGGUAGUAAGGACCUAUCUGAUGUCCAGUGGUCCCUACAACUUCAGAAUGGAGACUAUUUACAGGACAUUACAGAAAGCUCUCCUCACAUCCGUCAGGAGAAGAAUAGCCUUCAUUUUUCGACCCGAGAUAUGAAUAUUUCUGGGUCAUAUGUUUGUAGACCCAGGAACAGGAGCCCUCAGGAUGUGGCCUGUUGUGUCAAGACAGUCUUAGAAGUUAAGCUUCAGAAAAAUGCAUCCUGUGAUAACUCAGUAUUACAUGAGCAAUACCUACUUCUCGGUAGCAUUAGCUCCAUUCAUUGCCCCAGUCUCAGCUGCCAGAGUGGUGUACAAAGUCCAGAGGUGACCUGGUAUGAGAAUGGAAGACUCUCUGAACAAAGGAGCAACCCACUGGUAGUGGGUGAAGUUUAUGACUAUCACCAAGGCAUGUAUGUCUGUGACUACACUCAGUCGGAUAAUGCAAGUGUAUGGACAGUCAGAUCUGUUGUUCAAGUGAUAACCAUUGUGAAAGACACUAAUUUCAAACCUGAUAUCCUGGAUCCGGUCAAGGACACACAAGAAGUAGAACUUGGAAAGCCUUUAACUAUUAGUUGCAGAGUACGAUUUGGCUUUGAAAGGGUGCCUAAAUAUAUAAUAAGAUGGUACGUCAAAGAUUCUGAACGCGAGAGGGAUGUCUUGGAAUGUGAGAACAAAAGAAUUAGAUCCACUCUAGAGGAUGAAGUCUUUGAGUGUGAUGUCAUUUUGAAGAAAGUUACUCAAAGUGAUCUUCGCAAGAAGUUUGUUUGCUUUGCUCAGAACUCCUUGGGGAAUAGCACCUGGUCCAUCCAACUUAAGGAGAAGAGAGGAGUGCUGCUCCUGUAUGUCCUGCUCGGCACUGUCGUGACCCUGGUGGGCGUGCUGGCAGUGAGUGUGCUCCUUUACCAGCGUUGGAUUGAAAUAGUGCUGCUCUUCCGAACCUACCAGAGUAAGGACGAGACGCUUGGGGAUAAAAAGGAAUUUGAUGCUUUCAUAUCCUAUGCAAAAUGGAGCUCUUUUGAGAGCGAGUCUGCCUCAUCUGUGAGUGAAGAAUAUUUGGCCCUGAAUCUUUUCCCUGAGGUUUUAGAAAACAAAUAUGGAUAUACCUUGUGUUUGCUUGAAAGAGAUGUGGCCCCAGGAGGAGUGUAUGCAGAAGACAUCAUAGAUGUUAUUCAGAAAAGUAGAAGAGGAAUAUUUAUCUUGAGCCCCAACUACAUCAAUGGACCUUGUGUCUUUGAAUUACAAGCAGCCGUGAAUCUUGCCUUGGCUGAUCAAACACUGAAACUCAUUUUAAUUAAGUUCUCUUCCUUCCAAGAGCCAGAGUCUCUACCUUAUCUUGUGAAAAAAGCUCUCAGGGUUUUGCCCACUGUUACCUGGAAAGGCUUAAAGUCAGUCCCUCCCAAUUCCAGGUUCUGGACUGAAAUGCACUACCACAUGCCUGUGAAAAACUCUAAGGGAUUCUCGUGGAACCAGCUCAGAAUUAUCCCAAGGUUUCUCAACUUGGAAAGGACUCAGUAAAAUAGCAGCCACUGGGAGGAGCUCCCAGCUCAGGCAAUGGUG